GAGUGAGAUCACUUCCGGCGGGAGUUGCCAUCUUUCCGUUGACAGUUUCCUGCAGAUUUCGUAUUAACAUUGUUUUCUGAUUAAGAAAUAGUAAAAAUAAACAAAAUAUUUAGCAGUAUGAAUUUAUAAAUUGUACGAUGGUUUGUUACAAAUGUACAUGUACAAUGUAUGCAUCAGAUUGUUAAUAUGCUGCACAUGUAAAUGUAUGUACAGAUGUUGAGAUCUCAACAAAGUAACAUUCCUGGUGUAAUGAGGAAGCGGGACUCAGAAGUAACUUCUGUCUCCUCUGGUAAUUCAAGGGGCUCAGAAAGGAGGAAAAAUCGGUUUUCUCUCAGGAGAUUGUUUUACGUAACUCAAGGGACUACAGCAAACAGAAGAACAAGAUCCCAUGUGAGCCUUGAUUCUGACUCUGGUAGAUCAGAUGCAAGUGUGUUAGCCCCACCUGAUCGAGAAAUUCUACCCAGACAAUCCUCAAGUGUUGAUACACACUCACUGUCACAUAAAAAAGGAAGUUCAAUAAGCAGAGAAUGUCCACUUUGUUUAAAUACCCACCCUUCAGAAGAGUUUCCUGAUAUCAUGACAUGUCACCACCGAUCCUGUAUUACAUGCUUACAAACAUACUUACAGAUAGAAAUAACAGAGAGUAGAAUUAAUAUUUCAUGUCCUGAAUGUACAGAAAAAUAUCACCCAAAUGAUAUUCAGAUGAUACUACAAAAUGAUAUAUUGGUGAAGAAGUAUGAAGACUUUAUGGUACGUCGUGUUCUAGUUACAGAUCCUGAUGCAAGAUGGUGUCCAGCUCCUGACUGUGGAUAUGCAGUGAUUGCUAAAGAAUGUGCUGGAUGUCCAAGAAUCCGAUGUGAAAGACCUGGCUGUGAAACAGACUUCUGCUAUCAUUGUAAACAAUACUGGCAUCCAAACAAGACUUGUGAUGCUGCUCGUGCUGAGAGAGCGUCUUCAAACUUGAGGUCUCCAUCUGUUAGUUACAGUCAUGACAAUGAUUCACAAAAAGAUGAUAUAAAACCCUGUCCAAGAUGUGGUGCUUUUAUCAUGAAGAUGAAUGAUGGCUCUUGUAACCACAUGGCCUGUCCUGUUUGUGGAGCAGAAUUCUGCUGGUUAUGUAUGAAAGAGAUAUCAGAUUUGCAUUAUUUAAGUCCCUCAGGUUGUACAUUUUGGGGUAAGAAACCAUGGAGUAGAAAAAAGAAGAUAUUAUGGCAACUUGGAACUUUAGUAGGAGCACCUGUUGGAAUAACACUUAUUGCUGGAAUAGCAGUACCAGCUAUGAUUAUUGGUAUACCUGUAUGGGUGGGACGAAAGAUUCACUCUAAGUAUAAACUGAGUCCUAAACAUAGGAGAAACUUGGCCAUAACUGGUGGUGUAGCAACAUCUAUCCUGGUUUCACCAGUAGUAGCAGGACUUGCAGUUGGUAUUGGUGUUCCUAUAUUACUUGCCUAUGUGUAUGGAGUGGUGCCUAUCUCACUAUGUCGUAGUGGUGGAUGUGGAGUCACAGCAACAAACAAAGGAGGGGUUCGCUUUGAAUUUGAUGAAGAGAAUGAAACUGUUGGACCAGCUGGACCAGAUACACAGAGUGUUGGUACUGGACACAAUGUGGCUAACCCAAGCAUUGCUCCAAGUAUUGGUGAUGCUUCACUUGGUAUGACAAACAGUCUGAGUGCCAGUGGUAGUCACAUGGAUAGAGUUGGAGUCAUUAGAGAUGAGAUAAGUGAUAGGGACUCGGCCAGUAAUAGAGCUAUAGGGGGAUAUAGUUUGAAUGGGAGCCUUUGUGGUGGAAAUUACUAUACACAAAAGCUAGAGAUUCAAGCUGAUGUGUCAUCAAAUAUGCCUGAUACAAGGGAUAAAGACAGUUCUUCUGUUGUAACAGCCACAUCAGCCUAUGAAGUCCAGGUUGACAUGCCUUCAAGGGGAAGACAUAGUAGUGUGGAAAGUACAAUUGUUAGUGCAAAGCAGAGAAAUGUGUCUGGUCAAAGUUCACCAAUAUCUGGUUGUAGUGCAUAUUUAUCAGGACCAGAAUCACAGAAUACUAAAUGUAGAAAAUGUAAACGACAUAAUAACAGUAAUAGUGACAAAUCAUGCGAACAGUCUAGUGUACAUUUUGCAGAUCAGGUCAGUUUAUGUGAUGAUGUUACCACUCACAGUAUAAGUGAAGAGUCAGACAAAUUUUUGGGUUAUUUGACUUCAGAAUCUGCUCACGGUAAAUGUUUCACAUCCCGUUGUUCAGAGCUGAAAUCUGGCAUUCCCCCUUGUCAGUCUCGUUUUCAAGAUUCCAAUGCGUCGUCAUUACCUGAGGUUGAAGUAGACAGACCUUCAUUAAAAGAGUCUGAGAAUGCAAGAAAGGCUGUCUCUACAUCAGCUUUACCACUCUCACAAUUCAAAUUAAGUCACAAAAGUCUAUGUAAAAGUAAAAGUCAGGAAGAUUGUGCCUUGUCAGACAAAUCUAAAGUUGGACGUGUACGACAUCGUAGUUGUGAGCUUGCCAUGGAGACAGGACGUAUUUCUCCAACAGAGGAAAAUGAUAAUCAAUUAUAAUGAUGUGAUAUUGUAGUAUAUACAAUUUAAUGAUAUAUUUUUCAUUUGCUUAAAUUUGUACUAAUUUUUAAAAGGCAGUUGGCAGCAUUUUUUGUUUAUAGCAACAGACAGAUGAUCUUUUGAUAACAUGAAGAGUAAGUUACAAAAUAAGUCUUUCAUUCCAUUUUAUAAGAUUGAACUCUGUAAGGCUUUCGAUACCACCAUCAAGGCCGUAAUGAUAGUAUUCCUAGAUUCUCAUUCUUUCAGAUUUUAGAAAGAUUUUUGGUUUACUACAAUGAUGCUAGUUUUCCAUCUAUAUUCUCAUUGCCACAAAUCAUCUGUAUAUUAUAUUGUUAUUUGUUUUUCGUAACAUGUUUAGUGGCUAUGUAUUUUUUUAUUUCUGAAAAUUUAACCUACAAAAAAAGUGCAAGUUAUGGUCUAAUAUAUUGAAUAUAUAUAUCUUUAAAAAAAUUGGAAGAAUAAUAGUGGUGCCAGUUUAAAAUCAACUUACUUUUGAUAUAAUUUCCCCUUUAAUCAUGUUAACUUACAAUAUCAGCUUGAAAGACCUACAAAUGUCACAAGAAAUCAAAGGGAUCCUUACAAUGUUACUGCACAGUACACAGAUUUAGACAGAAAAUGAAAGUAUCACUUUGCUUCAAAAAUUAAUAAAAACAGAAUAUGGAAUAUUUUUUUUUAAAAGCAGUCUCUUUGGUUCAAUUUUGUUAAUUAAGUGAGCUAAAAAACAUACAUUUUGUACCCUGAUAUAUUAUUGGCUUGCAGCCAUUUUGAAAAGAUUCCCAACCGAGAAUAAAGGGGGUUCCAACUAUUUAUCACCAUCCAAAUGUAUUGAUUGUCCACAAAAAGGGGGGUUCCAACCCCCCCCCCCCCCCCCGAAACCCUCCCCCUCAAUCCUUCCACUAGAAUGUUGUGCAUGUAUUCAGCCUGUUUCCUCAUUAAAAAAAAGUAAAGAAUGUCAACAUCUUAAGGUGAAGAAUUAAAAAAAUUUGGACUUGUUUAAAAUUAUUGUUUAAAAAAAUUUCUGCACCAUUGAAUUAAAAGUUCUAAUCUCAAUUGAUGAAAGCCUUUUCUGCAAACUUUUAAAAUGGUAAAUUAAAUUCAUUUAUCAUCUAAAUUUGAUUGAUAUAGUUUCUUGUCACUGUGAUUUUAUUAGAGAUUAUCCAUUAUUUUAUUUGGAAUUUAUACAUAAAUAAAAAUGAUUUGCUGGCAGUGAAGAAAUACCUACGUGUAGAUCUUACUCCUCUUUUAUUCAUUUCAGGCCAAAAUAUUUGGAUUUAUAUAC